AUGCUUGAACUCAGAAACGCCUGGAAUUUUCUCUUUGAUCUUCAUGCCAUGAUUCUGGCAUCCGGGUUUUUAGUGAUGUUCAGGUUUCCUCUCGCAUUCCACACCUCUCUAUCGGCAUCGGCGCUUCGGAGAACGAGCACUAUACAAACCCGUGAAUCAAUCACUAGCCACGGUAGCCAAAUCCCUGAUAAUAAUCCCAGCCAGCCGCGAGACCAGGUUCUCCGUGGCGCAAGUAGCUAG